CCAGAAGCUGCCCAGUCAGGAGUGCCAGGCGCCAGGCAAGCAACAACCAAAAAGAAAGAACCAAGGCAUGGCGUUGUCUAUCAUCCUUUGAAGCCCGACAGAGAUGUUCACUCGUCGCUCUCGGACGAAUAUAAAGCCAAAGCGUACAGAGAGGCGGAAAAACAAAAAGAAAAGUUUGCUCAUCCGAUAGCAGACGCGUACUCUCCAGAGUACGACAUAUUAAUGAUACUCGUCACGGGUGUGCUAAUUGUUUUGGUGGUGGUUGCAAUCUUUUCAGUGGAAACAGCUCCGGUUGAAGAGAUUAACGAACUCUACAAAGACGGAAGAGUCAAUGUCGCAUAUUCAACGAAAAACGAUUCCAAGUUCCAUCAUUCCUUAAAGGACUUUCGGAACUACCGUCACUCCUUAUUUCGUCUUGGAGGUGCAAACGGAACAAUUGUUAUGCCAUGGCGUGAACGAAAUUUCUCGGUCACUCAACAAGAGGAAUUGUGGCAUCGUUUCUCUACCGAGGAGUAUCCAAACAUGCCUCCUCGAAGGAUGAAAGUGUCACCGGCUUUAGCGAAUUAUCUCAGAGAAAAUAAAUAUAACGAUAAGGAUAAGUGGAUCCAAAGACUCGGUUUGAACGAAUCCAUCGAUUUUGAGACGCAAUAUUUUACACCGUCUAUGUAUUUUACAGAAGAACACGGUAUCUUCGCUGCAGAGCCAGCUACUACUAGUCACGGAGGAUAUGUUGCUAAAAUGAAGAACUAUCAUGAACUUUCACCUGACAAAAAGGAGCUAGUUUUGACGUACGCCUUACUACGCGCUCAAGAGGCAGCUUACUACACAGAAGCUAAUUCACUCAUAUCGGAUGUCGAAAUCGAGCGUGGAUCUGAUAGUAUUCUGAAGGGAGUGAACUUUAGAAGUGCACAGAACAUGACCAAAGUAGGUGGAGACCGUGUGACCACUAUGUUCACGGUAUCGUCUUCCUUACAACAUGAAGAAGUGUUUUCUGUGGCAAUGUCACGCCUUCAUAAAUCAUUCAACGAUAGCAACGGUGAUACAUGGGCAUAUCCUCAUUUCGUUGAAAUGUCUGCUGAAGGGGUAGCUAAGCGUUCGAGGCCUUUUACAUCGAUGGCGGACGUCUUGUUGUAUCGGAAACGAUAUGACAACACCACCAUGUUUUUUUCGUUUGUCUCAGUAUCCGGUUCGAUUCGUACUGUAGAAGCAGCAGCGUCAGUAUCGGUUCGAAUGUUGAUUGAAGAAAAGACACCAGCUGAGGCCAUCAGGUCGCCGGCUGCACUGUACGACCCAAGAGACAACAAGUUCUACUGCGAGCAUGACCAGGAAUUUCGAGAGCGACUAUAUUUGAAGUACAAAAUUGUAUGCGAAGACAUGAAGACGGGGGACAAGGAAAUACAAGAUCGGGUGGUUAUGGCUAUGAAGAUCCAGGAAAAGAAUGUCGGCUAUUCAGACACAGUCAUGACAGCUUCUGUGUCACGACAACCUAUGGAAUACAAUUAUCCGGUUGGUUACUGA